UAUUCUACAGGAGACAGCCGGCGCGGUGGCUCGCAGAAUUGCAGAUAAAGAAUGGCAGCAGCUGCUGCAGCUUCUCUGCUCUCUUCUUCCUCAACUUCUUCUCUUAUAACUCCCACUAAUAAUCUGUGCAAGAUGCAUUCUGCCGCCUGUCUGGACUCCCGUUUAUAUCAGCUGCUGAAGGGCUUCAUUACUUCUGCAGUUUACUGUCUUCCAUGUCAAAAAUGUAAUGUUAAGCUCUACAUGGUCACCACUCCUGGAGCGCCAUUCAGUCGUCAUUGUAGGCGACUUGCCACAAAUGGCACAGUAGAAGUGGAUGGAACAAAUCAAGAAGAUCGAUUGAUCGCCUCUGGUGAUCAUAGUCCAAGCAAUUUGGAGAGUAUAUACAACCUUGAAAGACAGCUGGAUGGUUUAUUCGACGAAGUCAAAACUUUGAUAAGAUUGGGAAAGGAAAACGAUGCCUUUGACCUACUUCAAGCAAAUUAUGUUGCUGUGAAACAACAGAUGGAUACUGGUGCUAGAGGCAUAGAAGAAGCUGCUAUUCUCGAUGUAAUUGCAUUGGGAUACAUGGCUCUAAGUGAAACAAGGAUGGUUGCAUCUGUGUUAGAUGUGGUAGAGCAAGUUGUUGAGGAAUUAAAAGAUGAUGAGCCUCUUCUGGAUUCGAUACUUUUACACAUGGGAAACAUGUAUGAGAAGGUGAAAAAGUUUGAAAUGGCCAUUUAUCAGUACAGGAGGGCCCUUAGAAUUAUGGAAAAAAAAUAUGGAAAUAGUAGUACUUUCCUUGUCACUCCGAUGUUAGGCAUUGCAAAAGUUCUGGGUUCUACUGGAAGAGCCACGGAGUCAAUAGAGACAUAUCACCUGGUGAUUAAGAUAUUGGAAUCUGGAAGGGGCCUUGUAUGUGAGGAAUUGCUGUUGCCUUUGACUUCACUGGGCAAUCUUUUAUCAAAGGAAGGAAGAUCAUCUGAAGCCGAAAAUGUUUUCAAGAGAAUUUUAGACCAGUAUAUCAAGUUAUAUGGAGAAAAAGAUGGAAGAGUAGGAAUGGCUAUGUGUUCCCUGGCACAUGUAAAAUGUGCAACAGGUGAUGUACAUGAAGCCAUCAAUCUAUAUAAGGAUGCUUUUCAAGUUCUGAAGCAUUCAAAGUCCAUAGCAUUAGAUGAUGAGCUGAUGGAGAAGAUGAGAAUAGAUGUGGCAGAAUUACUUCAUGCAGUCGGAAGAGGAGAAGAAGGCAGGGUCCUUCUGGAGGAGUGCUUGUUGAUCACUGAGAAAUAUCAAGGGAAAGACCAUCCGAGCUGUGUCAUCCAUCUAAUGAACCUUGCUGCUUCCUAUUCACAGUUCAAAAAUUUUGCUGAGGCUGAACGCUUGCUCAGAAAAAGUCUGCAGAUCAUGAUGAAGACAGUACCUCCAGAUGAUCAGUCCAUCACCUUUCCGAUGUUGCAUCUGGCAGUUGUACUGUAUAAUCUGAAUCGAGAUGAAGAAGCUGAAAAUUUUGCCUUAAACGCUUUACUUAUCCGUGAAAAAGCAUUUGGAGAAGAAUCCCUACCAGUUGGGGAGGCUCUUGACUGUGUGGUCUCCAUUCAAACCCGAUUGGGGAGGGAUGAUAAAGAAAUACUCAAGCGGCUACAAAGGAUCUUGAAAAUUCAAGAGUUAGCUCUUGGCAAUGAUAGUAAAGAGGUUGUGGAGACAUUGAAAAAAGUAAUAUAUUAUUUGGACAAAUUGGAAAUGAGAUCUGAGAAGUUGCCUCUGCAGAGAAGAUUGUCUAGACUGAGAAAGAAAUUAAAAGAAAUGGUUUAGUGGUAACAUGUGUUAUCUUUGGUCAAAUUUCCUACUUUCCCUGCCUACUUCCCUCCACUGGAGGUUGUGAAGCUGCUCAUAUAUGGCAUUUCCACUGAAGAGAAUGAAUCAAGGAACUGGACAAAAAUAGGAACCGGACAUUUAGGGUGGCAAUUGCGAUCUAGAAGCAUGGAACACUACGACACACGACUAAGUCUCAUUGGUGGUAAGCGAGCGGCAUUGGUUGACUUUGCUCUUAGCAGUGCCAUUGCUACAGCCCACAUAGAUGAGAAUUGUCUAGUGGUGUUUUGGAGUUCAACAUGGAUGAGAAUUGAACUCGAGUAAUUCUGCAUCGAUAUUGUUACUGCUAAUAGGCUCUGAUCCACAGGAUUCUCCUCAAUGGGAUCCAUCCUUUUGCGUCCUGCUGGUUCGCCUGGCACACGAUGGCUGGUUCGAGUACUUUUCACCGCGUCAUCCACAGCAGGUCCGUAUAAAAUCUAAUGAUCUGAUUGGUAAAUUGAGUAGGUUUCCGGAAAUGGUAUGUCAGGUUUGUUUCCUUUCAAAAAUGUGUCAUCUGUAGCAGCUGCUCCGUGUAGAAAUUUGGUUGAUCUUAAUUAUAGGGAGAGAUUGAAGCGGGUAACUAGUUGGUAGAAUGAGCUCUUAAUUUAAUAUUUUAGGGUAAUUCAAGUUAAAAAGAUUGUUGGGUUGGCUUGUACUUCUGCAGCUCCCUUGUGUUGAAACAGGAAUAGGCCAAUGUUCAAAAGUCAAAGUUUGCAUUUUAGACCGAGGUCGUUGGUCUUCAAAAAAUGCCACGCGGGGACUUCUUGACCAAUUCAUUUGUUACCUGCUGGUAGUAUGUCAUUCUUUGUAGCUCUUAAAUUGUUCCUGCUAACAAAUAAAUUUUUUUCUUUUUUUUU